UAAAAGAUGUAAUUUUUAUCGAAAAAUAUAUACAGUAGUGGCAAAAAAUAGGUACACUUGCUCUUGUUAUUAUUUUUUUUAUUUGUAAACACAUGCGUUAACGCUUGAAUAAAAUACUUUUUACCUCAACAACGGUAUGUAUUAAAAGUGUAUGUAUAAAAAGUUUUUUACAAUUAAAAAUUUUACAAAUAAAAAUUUUUUACAAUUAAACAAUGACAAGAGUAAAUGUACCUAUUUUUUGCCAUUACUGUAUGUGUGAUCUGUUUUAUAUUUGAAUUACGUUUUCAUUACUUUAACAUAUAAUAUAGUAUGUCGUAUAGCCAAUUUGUACCAUGAUAUAUGUCCAUUUACCUCUAUAUAUUGGGAUAAGCUGGUUACAAUGCAGCACGUUCGUAUUUUGCUUAUAACGAGAAGGAUAUAUAUAUAUAUAGCAUUAUUUUUAGCAUUGGAACAUAAAAAAAGUUCCCUCUAUCCUAUUAGCCUAGUUUAAUCGUGAUAAUCAAUUGUUUAAAAAAUUAAAUGACGAUAUUAUAAAAAUUGUGUCAAUGAGCCCUGGUCUCCUCUACACGUGUUUUUUCUUGCUGAUUUUCACAGAUGCGCGACGUAUGUGCAUCGUUCAUCGAAUCACAGACACGGCGAAUGUUGCAAGAACGAAGAGAGACAUCCUCCGCUCCACACUCGGGACCUAUAUAACUGUACUGGCUGUCUGGGUCAGGGGGCGGGCCGCUACGUUUGUAGUAUCCUCCGUAUAUCGGACAGGUGUACCCUAUUCCGACUCCUCGAGUUCUCGCGUGCCUCUGAGACCGGCGACCGUACGCCGCCGUCCCGCGCGCCUCUUUCAACUGUCGCGAGUGGGCAGAGUAUCGUGGAUCAUCACGAGGUGAUCAGUCGUUCGCACGGAGCUUCUGAAGGCUCUUGUAGAGAGCCCGUUCGAGAGAGUAUCCAAAUUCACCGUACGUUUUUUUUGUUCGCCAUUAACAGUAUUUUUAUCAAUCUUGCCUUUAUAGCCUUUCGCGCUCGCGCUUGAAACCACUAGAGCGUGCGAAAUCAAACAGUUGUGCGCCGAGACUUCUAACGUCUUCUAACUAAAGCGAUUUUGAUCAAUGUAGCAACUCGAAAGAUUCAUUCAGUUCUUCGUUGCGUGACAUCCGAAGAAGAGUUGAGCACAUUGGCGAUUAUUUGCCAUCCGGAUUCGCUUGAGUAUCGGCUCAGAGAAAUAAUUCGCUGCUAUUAAACGCGCUUCUUAAGUCUGCCGAACGUAUGUACGUGGCGGUUAACGAUCAGCUUGCACAGAUCAUAGUUGUGUCGAGCAGUUGGUGAUUACACCGACAGAAAAGACUGUCUGUAACAUUACAAUAGCUGUGAAAGACGGUUUCUUGACUUCCACACCUACUCGAUCGUACAAUUAUGGUUACAGUGAUACCAGUAAUGUUUCAUCAACGCGGUUCACAAUUAUGCAUUUAUAUUCUAGCCUGUCUCUUAUUGAAGGGGCUGACUCAAGCUGAGGAAGUCGAGGUUGUGGAAGCAAUUUCGGGAGAAGAUGAUCGAAGUGAGAAUUCGGCUUUGAAUCGCCAGGAUAAUGAAUUAAUCAAUUCCGAUCAAUUGGCGUUAGAUUCUAUAGCGGAUAAGGACGCGGGAGGAAAUCACUAUAAGUCAAGUGGCCUUCGGGGUCAUCCUUUGCUACCACCGAGUCGAGGUGCAAUAAGUUUACCGCGUCCGCAUCAUAACGUCGCCUAUCAUGGCCCACCACCGCCAUUGCCGCAAUCUAAAGCGCAAUCGGAAGCCAUGGAUAAGAUCUAUACUGAUGGUGUUAGCACCGCGGUUGGCGUCGAACCUUGGCCAGCGUCGACGCCUGAUAUGCCAAAGAUAGUGUCACUGGAUGUGAAAUGUGAGAAGAGUCUAAUGAAGGUUUAUCUGGGUUUUGAUAAGCCGUUUUACGGUAUAGUCUUCAGUAAAGGCCACUUUAGCAACAUUAAUUGCAUACAUUUACCUGCGGGACUUGGACGCACCUCCGUCAAUUUUGAAAUCAGCAUACAUGCGUGCGGUACAGCAGGCAAUACAGAGAAUGGAUUGUACGGCUACGGUGCUGAAUCCGGGUCCGGGACUUUCUUCGAAAAUAUCAUAGUGAUACAGUACGAUCCUCAAGUGCAAGAGGUUUGGGAUCAAGCGCGUAAACUGCGCUGCACUUGGCACGAUCUAUAUGAAAAAUCAGUCACUUUCCGUCCGUUUCCUGUAGAUAUGCUGGACGUAGUCCGCGCAGAUUUUGCCGGUGAUAACGUCGGAUGCUGGAUGCAAAUACAAGUUGGUAAAGGACCAUGGGCUUCUGAGGUUUCGGGACUGGUCAAGAUCGGCCAGACCAUGACGAUGGUACUCGCGAUCAAGGAUGAUGAUUCCAAAUUUGACAUGCUUGUGAGAAACUGCAUGGCUCACGAUGGUAAACGUGCACCGAUACAACUAGUAGACCAGCGAGGCUGCAUAACACGACCAAAAUUAAUGUCUAGAUUUACGAAAAUAAAAAAUUUCGGUGCUUCGGCAUCAGUGCUGUCAUAUGCCCAUUUUCAGGCGUUUAAAUUUCCAGAUUCUAUGGAGGUUCAUUUUCAGUGUACCAUACAAAUAUGUCGAUAUCAAUGUCCGGAACAGUGUUCAGAAUUAUCACCGCUUUUGGAAAAUCAAGCUCUUCUAGAAAAUCAUCAUCAUUCUGCGACAAAUGGACAUCCUGAUAUCGGAUAUGGUCUUCCACCUCCGAUCCCAUUGCCACUGGAAGCCUAUUUACAAGCAGCGGCUGGACGACCCCGAGACGAAAGAAGAAGGAAAUCCCGAGAGAUUGUACACAACCCGCAAAAGGCUGUAGGUGUGAAUCGAAUUAUCCGAGUUGUCUCGACUGGUGAUUUGACCUUCUCUAUUGACGACAGCAACAUCAGUGAGCUGAAUGGACCAACAAUGGUAUUCCCGCAACGACACGAGAACUUAGACAAUUCGACCAUGAUAUGUAUGACCACUCCUGGAUUCGCGAUUACUCUUAUCGUAUUACUCGCCGUUUUACUUUCCUCUUGUGUGUUAUCCGCUUAUCUUUUUAUGCGUCUCAGACCCUUCUCGGCAAAAGCCAAAAAAUCCAUGGUGUUUUGUAAUGUUGAACAGAAUGGCGCGACGAAAAAGCCUUCAAGAACAUGCUUCUACUCAUAGAUAUCUGUGUAUAUGUCCAAGUUUUGAUACGGAUGAUCCCCGAUAUCUUGUACUAGAAGUGGAACCGUUAAAUUUCAUGUCCUUUUCUUUGAAAUCGGUUUACAUGAUUUUUUGCAAUAUGGUUGCAACGUCAUUGAAAGUUAGUACUUCCGUAUUGCGAAUGCGGUCAUGUAAAGAAAAAGAAUUAGUUUUGAUUACGAAUAUUUUGCUAAAAUCAUAAAUUAACAGUGGAAGUCGUCUAUAUUAUUCCAAAUACUUUUGGUCAUUAAUUGACAAUAUUUUUUGUAUGUAUAUUUAUGUAUAUCCAGCUUUUCGAACGAAUUGAGCAUACACGACAAAAUAUUUUUUUAAAAACCAGGAAAAUUUUAUGUAAACUGGUCUUCGAAAUUACGAAUCUUCAGGUUUCGUAGAGGCUAUCAAGUGUCGCAAGCACAACUCUAUAUAAAGCUACGUUUUUCUAACGUGGUAAUACCAGAGAGCUUAUCUUACGAUAACUCCUAGUAAAAAGUUUUACUACUCGUGUCAUUAACUGCGUAUUAUGGUUUCCAUAGAGCUGUGCUUCGUCAUAAUGAAACUUAAUGAAGCUCAGGUCUUUUUUAGGCAAAAACAGGCGAUAUGCCAAAAAUUUAGUCACAGAUAAUCAAACCUAUUUUUGUUUAUUGCUUACCUUUGUAUUUAAUCUUUUCCUCUGUUUUUUUUUCUCUUGGUAUUUGGGACUUUUGUAUAACAAUGGUUGCUCAAUGUGCGUAUAGGUAAUAAUAAAGCUGAAAUUUCGUAAAAAUGGUUUAGAAUAUAGCAAUGUUAAGCAAUAAUGAUUGUUUCAUUGUGUAUGAUAAUAAUAUUAUUAUUAUUUAUAUUUAUUAUUUAUCUAUCUAAAUUUUCUAAAAGUGUGUGCAUAUGUGUGUGUGUGUGUGUGUGUGUGUGUGUGUGUGUGUGUGUGUGUGUGUGUGUGUGUGUGUGUGUGUGUGUGUGUGUGUGUGUGUGUGUGUAAGGAAAACCGAGAGUCGUUGGCACCGUUUUCAUAAUUUCGUUAUUUGACUCUUUAAACAACUAAUUAUAUUAAUUAAACUGUACUAAUGUGAUAAAGGAAACUUUCCGCCACAUUUUUGUACCAGAAACAAUUUUAUAUAUUGCAUAAUUUUUUUUGUAAUAAAUAAAGUACGAACGACUUGAAUUGUAGCCAACUUGUUUCGAUAUUAGGAUAAAUUAACAUAUACACUGAAACCCCGCGUUAGCGUACUCCGCGUUAGCGGAAACUAUCCCCUCCAUAUGCACUCGGCUCACAUGAGUAGCGUGUGUGGGGGAUAGCAAUGAGCAAUGCAGUCGCGUAUUUCACGGAGUGGGAGUGAAACCAAGCAAUAGGAGAUAACCCCGCGUUAGUGGACCAAAGCCCCGAACAGUCUGCUGACGCGGGGUUCCAGUGUACCAUAGCAUAAGUUGGAUAUAUAUCAUACUCCAUGUUAAAUUUAUAAAGUAGUAAUAAAAAUAAAAAAAUUAAUCACAAAUAUGCAUUUUUUGAAAAAAAUUGCAUUUUUUUAAAUUAUUUUAUAAUGAUUGAAUAACUGUUGCAAAGAAAAAAUAUAAACUUCUUUUUACAUGUAGCCUGCUUCAAUACAGAAAUAUUUAAUAUAAAGUGUUAUGUCAAUUAAUUUGUACAUUAAAUGCAAAGAUUAAACAUUAUUUUAAACAUUAUUUAUUAUAAAGCUUAAAUAUUUUUAUUAAAAAUUGAUCACUGCUUUACAAUACGUAUUUCUUCGCUCAUUCUUAAACUUAUCACAUAAGUAAUUAUUGCACAACAUAUCAUAAAAAAUAAAUAUCUAAUUUAAAUUUACGAAUUAAAUUUUUUCACAGAAUUGGUACAAACGAAAACCACAAUGACCAACAAUAAUUUAAAUUUGAUUGCUUAAGUGUAAUUUCACAAAUAAGUGAAGAAGCGCUUACUACGACCGAAGUUAGAUCUCUAUUCUAAAUAUUAUUUUAUAUGUACAUACAAUACAUCUCAAAUAUGUUUUUAAUUUUAUAAACUAUGCACCGAUCACAAUCAAUACACAAUUGUGUUUCAAAACCUGCGUUCGACACACAGUUUAUAUAAUUGAAAGUGUAUUUGUGAUAAUAUAGUAUCAGGCACCAAGAUACAGUCUCGAUUAUAGUGGACAAUACAUUAUUUAUUUGUAUAAUAAACAAUGCUUUAAAUGCAUAUGUAAUUAACAAUAUAACCUUAAAUUUAACCUUGACUGUUGUAAUGUAAUCAUCAAAAAAACAUUACAUAAUCAUAAAUUCAUACACAUUCUGUUUUGCAUAUAUAUUUCUUCAAAUUAUAUAUAUGAAUUAGUGAAUGUAGUUUUAUUAAUUGAUAAUUAAAAUAGUUAGAUUUAAAGUUAUUAUAUAUAUACAUUGAAUAAUUUUAAUGUUUAAGCAUCCAAUCUCACAUUAUACAUCUAAGAUUAUUUACUUACAAUUUUCUGCUUUAAUAUGUUUCUUUUUUUUUAUUCUAUAUGUAUAUGUCAUGUAUAUCGUUAUUUCUUGGACUUCUCACGCAAUAUCUAAUCACUUUGCAAGUAGUAAUUACUACCAUUUAAUCUAUAAUGUGAGCCAACAUAUCUCAUAAAACCCAACAUGCCACUCUCUACAUGCAUUUAAUUAAAAUCAUUUUUUAAAUUGAAAAUUAGUGUUAUUAUUUAAAGUAACGUACUGUAACAAUAACAAAAAUCUUUCUUUUAAUUAAUAAUACGAUACUUGGAUUUAUUCUCUCAAGCUAAAGUGUAUAAUUAAUACAAAAUUUUAAAACUUUCAAAAAUCUACUUUGCUUCUCUUGAAUAAUAUUUUUCUCUUUUUUUAUUUUAAUAUUUGUUUAAUUAAAUAAAACUUAAAAAAUAAUACCUAUUAUAAAAUAGUUAUUUUGAAAUAAUUUUCCUAAAAUUUCUUUUGCCAUAAAUACAUAAACGGAAUAUAAUGCAACUUACCUUCUAUGCCAACGAGCCCCGGUCUCCCCUGUGUGUGUAUGUAUGUGUGUGUGUGUAGGUAGACUUUUAUAUAAAAUUCUAUAUGAAAGAUAUACAAAUAAAAUAACAAAAUACUAAGUAUUAUUCUAUUUUACAUUUGAGAGCUAAUUAAUGAUAAUGACAUUGAUAAAUAUAUUAUUACUAAAAUGAUAAGGGUAAGUUUUCAAUUAUAUAGAAGUAUUUAAUUACUUUAAUUAAAGUUUACUUUGAUUUUUUUUUUCUUAAGUUGCGAAAAUCUGAAGUGCCAAAAUAUUGUACUGAUAUUAUACUAUAAAAAACCAGAAAAUCAUAAAUUACGCAAUCUGAUUAUUAAAUCGAUUAUUAAAUCGAUAUUAAAUGAUUACUUUGUUUUAUUCUUGUUUUGUGUUAAUGUGUUCUGUAUGAAUAAUGUAGCGCUAAAAAAAUAUGAAUGAUAAACCCUCUGACA